UACUCACAGAUUCUGAGUCUCCUCCUGCGAUCAAAUACUUUGAGGGCAAGUGAUCUUCCGUUUCGUGCUAGUUUUCCCGCCAAGCACAUAGGAACGGAAAAGGCUCGGCCCAAGUUCCAGCUCAGUUCCCUUUUCCCAGCCUUCUCACUUCUCAGUCGUUUCUCUCUCUCUCUCUCUCUCUCCAACCCCCUCCCCCACAGCCCCGUCCAGAUCCAGAUGGGACCUCCACUGCUGCUCCACGCCGCUCUCCUCUGACCCCGCCCUCUCCACCGUCCCCACCGCCGGCGUGAUCUCCUCUUUCCCCACUGCCGGUUUGUCCCACCGUCCCCUGCUGCCGUCCACCUGGAGUGCAGAGCAGCCGCCGGUUCCCCGCUCCACCCGCCGCCGCCGUCCGCAGAAGAGCCCCGCCUCCUGGAGUGAAGACCCGCCGCCACCGCACUCCACAGAAGCUGCCGCCUCCGCCUCCGCCGCCGCCGGAAGGAAGACCCGACUCCCUGGACUGAAGCCGUCCAACCCCCACCAUCAAACAUACAUAGACGGGAUACACUACAUUUGUCUGUUUGGAUUUUGCUUCCUUUUAAUCUGUCACUAUAUCUCUUGUCCUUCAAUUAUGGCAGCUAUGGUUGAAGGGUGUGUUGGUCCAAGUGAGCUUCACCUGAAGAAGGAACUCACUGCCUUAAGAAAGGCACGGUUCUUGCGUGAUCCUGAAACAUGCUCAUCCUGGAGGUCCCCUUUAAGUUCUAAAUCAUUCUUGACAACUUCUGGUGUUAUACAUCACAAUGAGAUCAGUGGUAGUUUAUCUCAAAAGCAUACAGAGCCAGCUGCUGCGCCUCCCAGAAGUGAAAAGAAAAGGAAAAAUGUUUAUCUCUACAAUUGGAGGCAUCAUUCUAACAAAUCCAGUGAAAGUGGGAUAAAGUUAGAUGCGGAUGAUAGACAAGCCUCAACAGUAUGUAGCCUGGAAAGCCCAUGCAUUUCUAAUGGUAUGGACUCUAUGAGUGACACAUGCCUGGAAGUUCCUGUCAGCAUAUACAGUGUUCAAGGCUCAAAUUCAUGCACUCCUGUUAAAAGAACUAUUAGAAAGGUGAGGAGGAGUUCAUUCUCAAAGAAAGGAGCAAUCAGAAAUUCAACCGUUUCAAAGUUGCUAGAUCUCCAUGUAAACUCUGGUGAGCAGUCUGAGGAUACUGAGAACUACAACUCAGAGAAUCACGAGCAGCUUCAGAAGGGAGGCUAUUUUUCUCGCUCUACAUCACCGCUAUUUGCUGCGUCUGGAUGUCUUAGCUCAUCGAAUCCUUCUAAGCUGUUGAGAGUGUCAAGAAGAGAAGGAUCUUCCUUUUCUUGCACUCCGGUCUCCACUAGCUCCUAUUACAGGUACAAAGGCAGGAAUCCUAGUACUGUAGGUUCAUGGGAUGGGACAACGGCUGCUUCACUUGAUGACGAUGGGCUGAACCAACCAGGAUUGUUGAGAAGUCAAAGGUGUGGCAUUCCUUGCUACUGGUCAAAGAGGAGUAAACACAAUGGAUCUGAAAGGAGUUGUUCUCCUUCACUUUCUGAUACACUUAGAAGAAAAGGCAGCAGCCUUUUAUGUGGGAGUCAGACAAUGCAUAGAAGGAAGAAAUCAUCUGGCUCCAAUAAAUUUGGAUAUCUUAAAAAAUCUUCCCAAGGUGUGCCACUGUUGGGUGAUAGUAGUCAUUUUGCUUAUUCAUCAUUUGAUUCAGCAAGUGAUGAAGUCUCAACCAUCUUUGGAGAAAUAGAUCUGGAAGCUUUGAGUCGUUUGGAUGGUAGAAGGUGGUCAAGUUGUAAAAGCCAGGAUGGGAUUGCACUGUCUGUGAGUGGAGCUGAUCAUGUAGUUUCAGACCACAGAAGCUUGAGCCAGAAAUAUCGACCAAGGUCAUUUCAUGAAAUUGUUGGUCAAAAUUUUGUAGUACAAUCACUUAGUAACGCCAUAAUAAGGGAGAGAAUAGCCCCAGCAUAUCUGUUCCAUGGGCCACGUGGGACAGGAAAAACAUCUGCCGCAAGAAUAUUUUCAGCAGCUUUAAGUUGUGCUGCCAUUGGAGAGAGCAAACCCUGUGGAAUUUGUACAGAGUGUAGUGACUUUUUCACUGGAAAUGGAAUUAAUCUAAUUGAGGUUGAUGCUAGCAACAGAAAAGGUAUAAACAGAAUUAGGCACUUGAUUGAAAAUAUACCACCGUCUGCAACUUCUUCACGAUACAAAGUAUUUGUUGUUGAUGAAUGCCAUAUGGUAUCUUCUAAAGUCUGGUCAGCAUUUAUGAAAUUUCUUGAUGAACCAUUACCUCGUGUUGUCUUCAUAUUUAUAACAAUAGACCCUGAAAAUCUCCCUCGUUCUGUCAUAUCACGUUGUCAGAAAUACAUGUUCGCCAAGAUCAAAGACAUUGACAUAGUCUGCCGGUUGAGAAAAAUUUCUGUGAAGGAAAACCUUGAUGUUGAAUUGGCCGCUUUAGAUUUAAUAGCACUAAAUUCAGAUGGAUCGUUGAGAGAUGCAGAGACAAUGUUAGAUCAGCUGUGUUUACUAGGGAAGAAGAUAACACCAUCACUUGUAAAUGAUCUGGUUGGGGUUGUAUCCGAGGAGAAACUCCUUGACCUUUUGGAGAUAGCCAUGUCAUCAGACACUGCCGAAACAGUCAAAAGGUCGAGAGAGCUGAUGGAUUCUGGUGUUGAUCCAAUGGCAUUAAUGUCACAAUUAGCUGGGCUCAUAAUGGAUAUCAUUGCUGGGACCUAUAGAUUAGCGGACCCUACUUGCAGUGGAGAUGGAAUUGGUGGUCGAAAUAUAACUGAUGCUGAGUUGGAAAGAUUACAACAAGCAUUGAGGAUUCUUUCUGAUGCUGAAAAACAAAUAAGACUUUCAAGUGAGCGUUCGACAUGGUUCACGGCAGCUUUACUUCAGCUUGGUUCUGGUCAUAAUUCAGAAAUAACCCAAUCAAGAAGCAGCAGUAAGCAAAGCGCUAAAGCAACCAGUGAAACUGUGAUGGAAGCAGUGAGAGAAUCCUCUGCUAGCAGGACUACAUUUCAUCCUUUAUUCACUUUUCGCGAUUCAAAGAAAACAUUGGAUCUCAAAACAACCAGUGGGCACUCCAGUCCUCGGGGCCUUGCUUCAUUAUCUUCCAGGAUGAGACCCAAUGACAACGUGAUUUAUGGAGAGUGUAGGUCUGUUGAUAGAGCAUUACUGGAUUCUGCUCAAACAAGUAUUUCUUCUGAGCAAAGGCCUAUGAAUAGUGGAAUCUCUGAUAACCUUACCCGAAUUUGGAAGAAAUGCAUAGAAAACUGCCACUCCAAGACAUUGCGGCAGCUGCUCUAUGAUCAUGGCAAACUUGCAUCUCUCAAAGAAUGUGAAGGCACCAUUGUUGCUUUCAUAGCAUUCGAGGACAACAAUAUAAAGUUUCGAGCCCAAAGAUUUGUUAGCAGCAUCAGAAAUUCAAUGGAAACUGUACUGAAAUGCAAUUUGGAAGUCAGGAUUGGUUUAAUGCAAGAAUUUCUUGCCGGAGGACGAAAGCAUGAUAACUACCCGGAUGAAACAGUUGAGUCUGAUGUCUUGAGUUACUCAGCAAACAGUGAACGACUAAAGGGAGUUCUGAACCCAUCAAGAAAUUUAGAUUAUUCUGAAGAGAUUGGUAAAAAAACGGAGCAAUAUAGCAGUACUUCAGCUGCCGGUGGUGGACUGCGGUCAAACAAUGUUCCCAUGAUCAUCUCUGAUGGAAAUUCAGGAAUACAUAGAAUAAGAGGGCAGGUGGUCUCUGUGGAACAGUCGAAGACUGCAGCUCUUGAUGAGCAAAGGUUAGAGAGCGCAUGGCUCCAGGCUGUUGAGAAACACACACAUGGUAUGUUAAAUCAAGCAAGACCUGCGAGAAAUCAAGUGCUUCCACAAGCUGGUAGUCACCACCACGGGAGCUCCUCAAUGCCCAGGCCCACGCCCACCAUUGUUCCCUCAAUGCAUGUUGACAAGAAUCUGACUAAUGAAAUGAAAGCCUUAAAGAUCAGUGACAGUCAUGGUCCCCCCAAAAGCCAGAAUGUACAAAUGGAGAAUGGUUAUGCUAUUUCACCAAGUCUCUUGCACAGAAACAACCAUUUGGCGAAUUGUGACAAUGAGAGUGUGGUUUCUGAGUCCGGAGCAUCAGGUUGUCACGGGCUCUUCCCCUGCUGGAAAACUGAAAAAUCGAAAAGAAGAAAGGGAAAAGGACAGAUACGGUUGAGGUCCUCUUGAAUUGGCAGUUGAUGAUAAAGGGAAUAUUGUCCCUGGGCUGCUGAAAACGGUUGAGAAAAUGCCGUGCCUCACAAAGCCGCAUUGCUUCAUUCUCUCUAGAGGAUUUAUGAUGACCAAAUCACUAUACUUUCCUUGCAUCUGUGAUUCUGCUCUGAGAAUUCGGCAUUUUCGACGCACGAACUCAGCAAGGGUCAUCAAAGUUGGAUAUUCAGCGGAAAUGUUGACGGGCAUGCGGAUUUUAACAAAUCAAUCUGAUUCAUUUAUGUUUCUUGUACAGACAUUUGGAUGUGUAGUCCCUUUCCAAGUCGCAGGGCCGAGGCGCUCGGCGCAGUUAGCAAACAUGCAUUAGUACUUUAUUUUUUGUGCAUUAUCUUUGGUACUUUAUUUGACAGCAUCCGAGUUUACCUUUCAUUUGUUAUUCUACCAACCCUUUUUGUUAGACAAAUGGAAGACCUUAUGUCGUUGACUUGUGAUUUUAUUAUCAAAUUUGUACAAGAA